CUUCCUGGGUCUCCCGUUAGUUGCGCUUGACGGCAAUAAUUGAGGGAUUGAGGGACAAGCCGAACUAGACAGGGCUAAGUAGCUGCUACAAUAAUAACAAAAAACAGUACAGCAUUAAUAAUGAAUGAAAUAGAAGGACAGAACUCGGAAAUGGAAGAAACGAUAACACACUUCAUAUUGCAAUUGAUUAUAAAUACGAGAACUAAUGUUGUUUGUGGUGUGGUAGAAUUAAAUAUGAACUUUAUCACAUCACUACUUGUCGGCACCUCCACCAUAUUCAUAUUCCUACUACAGUACGACAUCACCUAUGAGGCGCUCACACAAACUCACAAAUCAGGUAGUCGCAGUCAAAUGGACUAA